AUGGCCCCCCACCAGCCCCCCUCACCUCACGUGGGAGUCAUUUUGAAUCCGUCUGCACGUCGCGUUGCCUGCGACCAGUGUCAUGCCCAGAAACUGCGUUGCACAAAGUUAGAAAACAGCAACGCUUGUGUUCGAUGUCAGCGGUUGAGCCGCCAGUGUGUCUGGAGUCCUCCAUCACGGAGCGGCCGGCCAGCAAGGGGUCUUGAUCAUACAGACAAGCGUGGCAAACGAUCGUUCAGUGUUUUCGAAAUGACACCAGAAGCAGACAGCCAUCUGGAAUCUGCGAGAGAGCCGAGUCUUCCUACCCCUAAUACUCUCACUCAUCCUCAGCCUGCCCCUAUCCCUGUUGGUAUAUCGGAGGCGCCGCCGUCAGGGACCCCGUCCAUUGCAGACUGCAACAUGUCCGAUCUGUUCAAUUUUGGAAGUCCACAUGAUAGCUCGCGGGAAAGCCUGUUCCCUCCGCUAUGGACUCCAGAUAGUCUAUCGCAAAUACCUAGUAUGACCGAUUAUUUCCAAAUGCCUCCCGGCCCUCAAACAGGGGUCCCCCUGGAUGUAGGCACGCCUCCUAGGCUGGAGUCUUUGCAGGACAUCACCCGAGAGCUAUCCAGCGUGAAUAUGGCGCUAUUCGACGUAGAGCAAUCUUUGUACGCCGAGCCAUGGGGUUCGAUGUUUGCCUCCCCAGCUGCUGUGAUCACCAAACUCAGUAACUGUGCCGGAGGCCAGCCUGAUGACACGCUCACUCAGGGUUACCCAUUGACAGACGCAUUUAAUAAGACCCAGCGCUUCAUCAACAUUGCAGAGCAAACAUCUAUCUAUCUCGCUUCACUGCCAAAUCCCCCUUCAUCAUCUUUGAUUUCAUCAUCGUUGACUUCUUCCUCUCCCAUCGACCAAGAAACACCAGAUAGCGAAACCUCCAGCCAGGGCUCGUCCCCUUUCUUCCCACCAGUAGACCUCUAUAUGUCGCGCUAUAUGCCUUCGCAGUUCUGUACGUCGUCUUCUGAUCGACCACGUCGCACAGCGAGCCCGGAUUUGCCAACCGCCCUCCUCUUCACCACUGGCUAUGCGCGGAUUCUCGAUAUCUACAUGACUGUUGUAACGCAGAUGUCGAAUUUUGUCCACGCAAUCUCCGUACAAUCCAUGAACGGGGCCCCAGACUACCGCCAAAGAAUGCACCCAGUUAUCCCACCGUUGCAAUGGGGUGGAUUCCAGCCUGCCAACUACGGUGCCCUGCAGAUAUUAAUGGUCAUCCAGGUAAUCUCAUAUUCGUUCACACAGGUUGAACGCGUUCUCGGCGUUGAAGAAUGGGAACGCGAGUUGACUCGUGAGCGAUCUCGCUCUGAGGAGAGGAGGUCCUAUCGCUUUGCUCAGAGUCAUGGACAGUCCCGGCGAAGAGAUACAGUCGGCGAUGGGGACCGAGUCGGGGUCGGCAAUGGUACAGGACUGUUAAGUCCUGCCAUGAUUGCGCUCGUGUUCCAAGAAGAGGGUGAAGGGAGCCGCCGCGGAAAAGUAGGAUUGUUGCGCAGAAAACUGCGACGGCUGAAGAAAGACCUAGAGAAGAGCAUGCAUAUUUAA